AUGUCGCGAAUGGCGGGUAAUGCAUCUCGUGUCAAUCCUCAACCCACUCCUACCAAGUCGCCUCGUCGACAUGGCAAAGCGACCCCCAAGUCCUUGGGACGACAGCUGCCGAGAUCUCGUCCCGGCUUUCCUAUACAGCCUGUACAGCCUUUCGAGGACGAUGCAGAAGAUGCAACUAUCGAAAUAGCAUCUGGACAAGGCUCUAAUUCUGCCUCACCUCUUCCGUUUAGUGUUCCCUCGACUGUCACCCCAACUGUACCCUCAACUGCCAUGAGGUCGACACAAUCCCUAGAAUAUCAAGUGCGUGAUGCGCAGCAGGAGGACGCUGGUACUCCGCUCACGGAAACGAGUGCAUCCAGCCUCAGCUUUUCGACUUUGAUACACGAAAGUUCACAAACAGUUGUCCCAGAAAAUCCCGCGGGCAUUGGUCGGCAAGGGGAAGCUGUACCUUCUCCAAAGCGUGUUCCCAGCGACGGCGCACUUGCGAUGACCUCAGAGGCAAGGAAAGGAUCCCGAAACCCAUCAAGAUUCAGCAAGCGGCAAGUAGGAUUGAGCCCGACCUUGGGCGCUAUGGACUUGCCCAGCCACCCAACUCCGCCAAAUCGGACAGAUGGCUUACAAGAGACGAGGUCUUUGGUUGCAGCAGGGCAAAAUGGGCAGCGGGAUGACUUAGCAGGCCCAUCAAAUACGCGUGAUGCCCGCGCUCCUCGAGCAAGAAUGUCAACGUCGGGUGAGAUGAGUGCUGUGUCGUCCAGUCCCGUUACUCUCCCCUCAGAUAUCCGAGGAUCGCCUCUGUUCGUCCCUAUGCAAACCCAGCCUCGCCUUACAACCCUGCUUCCAGACUUGCCGUCUUCUACACGUGGCACCGGAAAGCGAAACAAUGACACGAACGGGUCCCAUGGGCGAACAGUCCGUCCAAGGGCCGAUUCCAGACGUUUGGAGUCUUCAGCACUCCUACCAACCCCCCAAGACUCGCCAAACGUGUCGCACGGUACCACUCUCGGCCAACGACUAGAGUUGUCACUUGCUGCCAUUGGGCUCUGUGCACCUGAGCCAGAUCAAGCAGCGGGCCUUAAAUAUGGAAGGAUUGAGAUGUUGCGAGAAGCCUGCCAACUCAACGACGAAUUUUUCCUGCUCACGCAUUUUAUUUGCAGUAAUUCUACCCCUUCGCCGAAUUGGGACGUCAUUGGGCCACUCUUCUUGACGAAAGAGCACUUCCAAACCCUCAACUCCCUAUCCGCAAUCCUGUGUAGCGAUAGUGAAUUGACCAGAGACUUGUCCCAGCUGUUUAUGAAGUUUCCUUUUCGCAUGGAAGCGACGACGGAAGAGGCACCCUAUGCAUCUCCUCUACUCAAGAGCGUCCGCUCCUGCCUUGAUGUCUUUGAUGCUGCGCUCAGCACAUUAAAAGCUCGCACAGUUCAAAGAGGGUUUCCGCCAGCCCCGUGUGAACUAAGGGCUGAAAUGAGGCUACCUUCCCCCGUCUUGCAGAAGGCUAUCUUUUGCCACUUCUAUUCCAGCCGGGCUGAUGGUUCGAGCAUGUUCCGGGAGGCUUUGCGCCUCUUUGAGCAGGAAAUGGAAAGGCCGAUUGAGGUGUCCAUCUCCGGAAUCGCUCAGCUGCACGAGUCUCCAUCCAACUUCAAACAGCUCAUGAGUCGAUGGGCCAGCAAGUAUUCACUCCUUGGACAUGGAUCCCAAGGCAGGAAUUCGGCAGCAGGGGACGUAACAAUUGCUGAUAAAGGUGGCAGCCGCACGUCAAGUCUGCAGCUUUCCACAACCGCGGCCCGCCACACGACUCCUGCACCCUCUCAAAUCAGGUCUCCUACCCUGCUUCUUUCAAGCCCUAUGGUCCAAGAGCCAGUUCAUCCUCGUCGAUAUCAGCAAACAGCCUCCGUCCAACACGCACGGCAGGUAUCCCGACCUUCACUGCCCCUAGCACCAGCACCACCAUCCAAACUCCCGAACGGUUUUCGAGGGGUAAGCCAAACGGCAGAAUCCAGCCAAGUUGCAUUAGAUGAAGCACAUACCUUCACGCACGAAAAUGAAAAGACAGCCGAGUCCGAUGGCAGAGCGCGCGUUCCCACUUUCUUUCGAUUUAUCGAGGACGUCGUGGUGCUUCCCGAAUGUAUCCAGGCAGAUUCGCCUACGAUUCGGUGGAGCGUGCCCAUUUCACAAGACCAUUGGGCGCGGAGGGUAACUACUAGUGCUAGAGAACGUGGUGUCUCAAAUUGCAAUGUACAGUUCAGAUUAAGGUCAAUUGUCAUCGAGGCCGAUGGGAGAGAACCCUUUACGCCAACUCAGUCAGACUUCUAUGCUCGAACUACCAAGUGGCCGGCGUGUGCGGCCGUGUCGAUCAAUGGAGUUUUCGCCACCACGCCCAGACGCGAGACUCCCGGUGGUGCUGAUCUGCCUACAGAUGUGACUGAUCUGUUGAGAGAAGGCAACAACGAGGUCGAAAUUUCCGCGUUGUUCACCAGGCCUGAGCAACUUUCAGCUUGCAUGUAUCUUAUGGCAAUUGAGAUCAUCUGCGUGGAGACUUACGACAAGAUAAAGACCAUGCUGAGACGAAUCCCUAUGGGAUAUGUUGUUAAAGCGCUUCUGGAUGCCCUGAAGAGCAGAAAAGAUGAGCUUGAAGACGAUGAUUUGAUCCAAUCUCCAUUCAUCGGCAUUGACGUGAUUGACCCUCUCACGUCUAAGAUCUGGAAGACGCCUGUCCGAGGCAAGGACUGUCGCCACCGGGAAUGCUUCGAUCUAGAGGCGUUUUUGUCCAGUCGUGCCGGCGGCUUUGACGAAGGCGGUCUGACGCGGCCCGACCAAUGGAACUGUCCCAUCUGUCGAGGGAAUGCACGUCCCAAUAUGCUAGUCAUUGAUGAGUUUUCAGUGCAUGUACGGAAGAUUCUCGAAGAAAACAACCAACUGAGUGCACACCGAAUUCUUUUCAAAGAAGGUGGCGCUUGGGAGCCUAUCCUUCGGCCCUCGUCCCCACGAGAUCAGUCUCCAGGUAUGACAAGAACGAAUCCAGUGAUUGUCAUGGAUGAGAGUUGA